AUGGAUGAGAUUGCCCCAGAGUACGAUGUCGUUGUGCUCGGCACUGGCUUGACCGAGUGUGUGUUGUCUGGUGUCCUGAGUGUCAAGGGUAACAAAGUCCUGCACAUCGACCGCAACGACCACUAUGGAGGAGAGGCUGCCUCCGUCAACAUCGAAACUCUGUUCAAGAAGUACGGAAAUGUUGCCCCCGGCGAGGAGCCUUGGAAGAAAUACGGACGAGUCAAUGACUGGAACAUUGAUCUGGUUCCCAAGCUGUUGAUGGCCAACGGAGAGUUGACAAAUAUCUUGGUGUCCACCGAUGUCACUAGAUACCUCGAGUUCAAGCAGAUCGCUGGCAGCUAUGUGCAGCAAGGCAAGGGUGCUAAGGCGACCGUCGCCAAGGUGCCCUCAGACGCUGGUGAAGCCCUCCGUUCCUCUCUUAUGGGCCUUUUUGAGAAGCGUAGAGCCAAGAAAUUCCUCGAAUGGGUUGGCGAGUUCAAGGAGGAUGACCCUGCUACCCACCAGGGUCUCGCCGUUGUCAGCUGCACCAUGAAGGAGGUUUAUGACAAUUUCGGCCUCGAAGAUAACACUCGUGAUUUCGUUGGUCACUCCAUGGCCCUCUACCCCGAGGACAGCUACAUCUCCCAGCCCGGCAUGGCUAUCGACGCUAUUAACCGUAUCCGUCUCUAUGUCAACUCUAUGGCCCGCUACGGCAAGUCUCCUUACAUCUACCCCCUUUACGGUUUGGGAGAGCUUCCCCAGGGCUUCGCUCGCCUGUCUGCUAUCUACGGCGGUACCUACAUGCUUAAUACCGAUGUCGACGAGUUCCUCUACGAGGGUGGAAAGAUCUCUGGUAUCAAGGCUACCAUGAAGGAUCCCCAUGAAAACACGACUGAAAUGAAGUUUGAGACCAAGACCAAGAAGAUCAUUGCCGAUCCUUCUUACUUCCCCGGAAAUGUCAAGGUUUCUGGAUACUUGCUCAAGGCUAUCUGUAUCUUGAAGCACCCCAUCGACAAGACCGAUGGCAGCGAUUCACUGCAGCUGAUAAUUCCCCAGUCUCAAAUUGGUCGCAAGCACGAUAUCUACAUCGCAAUGGUCUCGUCUGCACACAACGUCUGCCCCAAGGGUUACUACAUCGCCAUUGUCUCGACAAUCGCCGAGAACGAUACCAACAACCACCUGGAGCUUGAGGCCGGAUUUGAGCGUCUGGGCCAGAUCGAGGAGAAAUUCAUGGGACCCCCGAUCCCGCUCUACGAGCCCCUCGAGGACGGCGAGAAGGACAAUGUCUUCAUCUCGAAAAGCUACGAUGCCACAUCUCACUUUGAGACCACGACCAUUGAUGUGCGAGAUGUGUACCGCCGGGCCACUGGCGAGGAGUUGGUUGUUGAGGGUCUCCGAGAGGGCCAGUCGCUUGCUCAGGAGUAA